GUGAGGGGAUGGAUGGACUGGGCAGACAAGGAGCUGGCGGUUCUUCUGUUCCCCAACCUCACGCGGAGCUUCAGCGAGUCGUACGAGGCCUUCAGCUACGUGCAGGAGGUUCCCACCUUCUCCCUCCUCGACAAGUACUCCAACCACGUGGCGGGGGCGACGGCCAUGUGGCUGGCGCAAGGGAAACUCAAGAAGAAGUACAAGAUAGAGGACGAACGAGCCGCUCUCGCCUCCUCCCUCUCUAAGUGGGCCGACGCCCUCGAUAACAAACUCUUCCUUGGUGGCUCCUCCCCCAACCUCGCCGACCUCUGUGUCUUCGGCGUUUUGAGGGCCGUGGACGGCAGUGCAACACAGAAAGUGAUCGAAGACUCUCCGGUGGCUGACUGGUACAAGAGAAUGCGCGAGUUGGUUGGGGAACGAGGAGGAGCUCGAGUGGCACGAGAAGCCAAAUAA